GUGCGUAAGAGGAUAGCGCUUCCAGGGCCCGUUUUCCGCGUUUUUUAAUUAUUUAUUUCCCUGUAAACUGCAGUCUUCAUAUAAAAACAUUGAUGGUCGAUAAUUUAGCCCUGCGUUGAGGGCCCCGCGGUGAACUGCAAGGAUUGUAAAGUCAUCUCAAAGCUCAGCUUUUAUCCAGUGACAUGGCUCGACCACGGUCGCGGGAAUACAAGGCAGGAGAUUUGGUUUUCGCUAAAAUGAAGGGAUACCCGCACUGGCCGGCGAGGGUGAGUCUGAUCGAUGAGCUCCCAGAAGGAGCUGUCAAGCCGCCUGCCAACAAGUACCCCAUCUUCUUCUUUGGGACCCAUGAAACUGCAUUCCUGGGCCCAAAGGAUCUUCUGCCCUACAAGGAGUAUAAAGACAAAUUUGGCAAGUCCAACAAGAGGAAAGGUUUCAAUGAGGGCCUGUGGGAGAUCGAGAACAACCCCGGAGUUAAGUUCACUGGCUAUCAGGCCAUCCAGCAACAGAGUUCAUCAGAAACAGAAGAGGGUGGCAACACUGCUCAUGGCAGCAGCGAAGGCGAAGAGGGUGACUCUGUUGAGGAGGAUGACAAAGAAAAACUGAAGGGGGACAAGACUGGAUCCAAACGGAAAAAGACAGCCGCAUCUAAGAAAUCCUCCAAGUUGUCAAGGAUCUCAUCUGGAAAGGACGACCUGGACAAGGAUGGAAAAGAUGAUGACCAAAAGAGCGGCUCAGAAGGAGGAGACCCUGACAACGACAUCAUCCAGAAUACUGCCAACAGUAAGAACCAGAUGCUCAUAGAAGAACACUAAGUUAAGGAGACAUGAAUGGAAAAUCACUCUUUGUAGCUGUGGUGUUGGAAAGGUGAAUGUACAACAUGAUUUCUCAUCAGCACCAUCUACUGGCUGCCAGUGUCACCACUUUUCUGUUGGACUUGUGUGUUUGUAUGAAAGAUGCACCCAUACUGAUACUGUUAUAAGUAAUCAGGUGGAUACCAGGGUAAGACAUUAAGGCGUUAUGCCACACUUUUUUUUUCAAUAAUUAAACUCCUGUCAAAGUAAAGCCUAUGUUGUGCUAAAUUCUCUAAAAUAGACAGAUUAAGAUUUUGAAUUAGUGAUUGCUUUUAAGUGUAUAUUGUUGAAUAAACAUAUAAUAACAUACAAUUAUGCCAUUAUGUACUUGAAGAUUUUUGUCAUACUCUAUUGGCAACUAUUGAAAGGUUUAGUUUAUAUGAAACCUUUUUUCCACUGAGGCCAUGCUCGCCCCGUCAGAAUAAAAACCAUUUUAAAAAUUGUAAAGUAUACCCCUUUCAUGACCUGUUAAGUUUGUUUGUUAAGCAGUUUGUAGGUGGAGCGGGUGGUUUCUAUGGCACCAGAGCGAUGACUUUAGUCUUUGGCACUGAGAAAAAAACCUUGGCAUUGAAAGCAAAACCAUAACUGAAAAAAACAAAAGCGUAACCGAAAAAGCAAACACUGGCAUUGAAGCUUUGUAUUUAAAAAAAAAAAGUCAUUAAGAAAAGCACUAAUACUGGAAAAAUGACAAUCUUCUGAGUUUUUUUGUUAAUGUAAGUAUUUUUUUUUUCACUUCUCUGUCACUGUUUUGGUGCAGAGGGGAGGGCUGAGGGGCAGGGCUAAGGAGAGUUCAUCUAAUGUUAUGCAGGUGUCAUGUCUGCUGCAGCCAGUGCUCAUGUGUGAGGUUUAGCGUAGCUCAGUUCUGUGAGUAAAGACACCAGCAGAGAGAAACACACAGCAGUUUGAGAGCUCCGGCUGAACUGGGGGAAGCUGCUGCAGAAACUAUGCGGCCAUGCUCAGCAGACAGAAGCCUCGAUGCACACAGUGGCUCAGGGGAGAGGGCUGUCGUCUCCUCAUGGAUCUCAGCCAGAAUAUGCAAAUCACACUCUUGUUGGCCCCGCCCCUCAAAGCCCUCCCCUCCACAGCAAAACAAUGACAGAGAAGUGAAACUGGAAGAAAAAACUGUGGUAUCAAGAAAUACUUGCAUUAACAAAAAAAAAAACUCAGAAGAUUGUCAUUUUCCCAGUAUUAAUACUUUUUUUAA